CGCCGACUGUCGACCGCGGCUGACUGGGUGUCUGGGGACGGACGAUUUUCAGCGCGGUCGAGUCUCCCGUUUGUCAAAAUUAAAAGAGAAACGGGAAGAGGACCGAGAGAUCCGAGAGCCGAUCGCGAACGAUCGGCGAUCGAUCGUCAGCGAUCAUGACGCUCGAUGUGCGAUAUCGGAAUUUUUGAAACGCGCGUUCAUUCGCUGUCGGUGUCCGGUGACAGUGUGCGACAGCUAGUCCAGUGACUUAUCCUCGUUUAUAUUUCGCGCGUCGCGAAGAUCACGUUGUGCUCGUGAAUUGCGGCGUUUUGUUUUGCUUGCGAUUGUGCGCGCUAACGCGCGGAUAUUAAUUUCGCGUUAAUCGCGAUCGGAGGAUGAGUUAAGUCCUGGAUUACAUCGGCGAAACGGUACCGCGAUUGUGGUCCGACCAGUUUGGUCCAGCGCGACAAUCAACCGCUCUCUCUCUCUCUCUCUCUCUGUCGUCGGCGAUUGUCGACGUGAACUCGAGUGACGAAAGCUGCCUCUUAUCGAACUCGCGAGAGGAACAUCGUCGUGGAUGGCAGAGAUGAUUCUACUUUGAUUUCUCGAGCAUGGCGUCUACAAUGGGAUUGCAGCAGCAGGCUGCAUCCCAAGACACAGUGGAUUUUGCCGGUUAUCUGCAAUCUGCACAAUGCCAUCAGGCGGAAGGACAGGUGCAAGGUUGUCAAAAAUCACCGCAUCGGGAGCACAACAGCAGCUUUACCAGCACGAAAGGCUUGCUCAAUGGACCCGGGCAGAACAAUUGUUUCCUCAACAGUGCCGUACAGUAUAGGUACGCGUUUCGAAGGUAUAACAGGCACCUUAAGUAUAUGCAACCCGCUGAACGAUCGUGCUGUUUGACUUUCUCGACGCAAGUAGGCGCAAACAAGCAUGUUACACGUGAAGUAAUAAUGAUAUCAAAUAAUUUAAUUAAUAGAAAUUUAUAUGAAAGUACCAAUUAAAACAAUAACCGGUAAAUAGAAAACUUAAGUUUACAGCAAUAUUUAAUUCUUUUAUAAAAUUUUUUAAAUUUGUGCGUUAAAAAAGCUAUCGUAAAAAUUAUGUCGAGUUUGAGAGCGUGAAAAUAAUUUGUAUCUACAAUAAGGCCAACACAUAUGUAUAUUUGUGCAAACAGAAAUGCAAAAACUUGUGGUCCUUGGUAUUCAAAAGAUGUCACGCAUUGAUUCUUGUUUGCUAUUUUCUUAAAGACUUUUACGAGUCUUACCGUCCGCGAUUUAUGAACACAAUCCAUCGCCAAAUCUUUAAGCACGCUGUUCUAAAAGACCGUCGAAACGUGCGUAAAUAUUCAUGACCGGUAAGUGGUGGGACACGUGCAGGGGACUUCUUUCGAACCGGAUCGUGAGACUGCUUUUAACUCUCUCGUGAGUAUUGGUCUCUCUCGGCCUUACUGUAAACUUCUCGCCUUUUAAUGGUAAAUUUUACAACAUCUGUAGUCACGCUACUUGCUCAGUUAGGGACAUCGACCAUCCCAGUUCCAAAGUCCAGAGGAAGAGGUCACAUUUAUUCGUAUUACGCAUUAUAAGAGGCGAUCCGAGACUGUCGUAUUAAAUAUGAUUUAUCGCCUGCACAAAUUUGAGGUGAUAACUAUCUCCGCGAGAAUUAACCACUCCCCGUGAAACAAAAAAAUCUUCUUCAUUUGUGUUAGAUUUAUCCGAGGCUUUAUUUACGUACGAUUAAAUUUUUUUUUAAGAAAUAUCAAAUAAGUAAUUCUUUGACAUAGACAUAUAUUUUGUCCGUUUUUUUUUCCUAAAACAUAUUGAUUUUAUUUUAAAGAAACACGAAUGCUAAUCUAAGAGAUGUUACAUUCUGUAAAAGUUGGCGAGGUCUGGUCGUGAGGCACGCGUACUAAUACUGCGCCUUACGUGACAUGUAAUACAAGUGUUUUAAGCGCAAACCGCGCACGCAGCCAGGGUGUGGUAACUGCUUUGUCUCGCCUGUGUUACGAAUAGAAAACAAACGGCGUAACAGCGUCGGUUUUUCCUCCGUGACCGUAGUAAUAGUUUCACGACAAACAUUUGCGAGCCGGUAUAUGUGCAGCUAUAGAGCUUAUAUUUAUUAAUUUCGCGAUCGUACGUCAUGCAUAAAGAUGUCGUCGGUAUUAUUAAUAAUCACCGAUGAACGGAUACCGAAUACACAACAGGUAUAGAUGUCGAGCGGAAUUGCUUAUAAAAGAUUAAUUGCAUUUCCGGGUUGCAAUAUUCCUCCGCGUAAUACUGCUAGACCGUUUAAUCGGCUUGUAAAGUUCCGAAACGGAUUGGUGGAAGCUGGGAUGUGUACUCAGCUUCCAUCAAUGUGCAUACCAUCGGUGCAAGCUUACUGACGAAGCGACGAUACGAGACUUGUUUUGGCGGGCUAUAUCGUCGAUGCUUACCGCGUAACAGCCUGCCGAGUGUUUUUGACUUCGUUAAAGUGUCGUGGAUAAUCUUUAGACGCCCGCGUUAUCGUUUACAGGCUGCCAGCCGUGGUGAAUAACGGUUUUAAACGCUUGCGAUAAAAAUGCAUAUGUAUCUACGUUCCCAUCCCUCAAGUGAUAGUCACCAGCGAGAAUAGCGACAUAACAGCCACGGAGCAUCGAUAACGUUACCGAGGGGGAACUAUAUAAUACAUACAUUCCCGACGUGUUUUGUGUCGAUCAUGUUAAAUAAGCAACUUCGAGGGCGCUAUUAAUCUGUGAGUUCUGCGACGAUACUAGCAGAAUACAAAUAAGACAAUCGAUGGAUAAUCAGAGAAUCUGGUGGAACUUUCAUUAUAAAUUCGCAAUGAUUUUAAUAAUUUUAGCAUUUUGGUGAAAUUAACAUUAUUAUAAUAAAAAGCCUAUUUUUUUAAGAUUUUUUCGUUUGUUUGUAGCUGUGUACUCGUUUUUACGGUAGAUCUUGCGAAUUGUUUCCAUCGCAAUUGCAAGACGCUCAACGGUUUCGCGGUGUACGUUCAUAAAAAUCUUCGAUCUCUCGAAGAAGCGGGGAAGCGUUUCAUCGUUGGACGAUCACGAUUGGUUCGUUCGACAGAACGCGCAUAAAGCACCGACGAUUACCAGAAGCAAAUCGCAGGUUACGCGUACGGUGUGUUCAAGGAGCUUCGGGGAGUAGGUUUAGUUCCUGUGGAUUACCAAGUUUCAGAUUGCGCGGCACUGAUCUAUGCUCCCUUGUCGAUACUCCAUUUUGAGCAACUCGAAA